CCUAGUGCGCAUGUCCAAUAAAGUUACGACAGGAGGAGGUUGUUUGGAAAGUGUUCGUCAAGUUUAUCAGAACUGGAGUGAUUUUGCGUGUUUGCGUGUAUCAACAGCUAGAUAUUGUAGACGGAAUAUACCCUUCACACACCGAGACAUAGAAAGGGUUCGAAGCAGCGACACAUGGCACUGAGGUAUCUGGUCAGAAACAUAGGAAAAAGAAUAGUACCCACACCAAGACCAAGACCAUAUCAUGAAAAUCGAGUUCGCCCCGUUGAACAUUCCUCUACGGAGGAGGCUACAGACAGCGGCUGUGCUGCAGUGGAUCUUCUCUUUUCUGGCCAUGGCCCAGUGCUGUUUGGCAGCAUUUGUCCUUCUUCUGCUCUCUGAUUGGUGGAUGCUGGCUCUACUUUAUGCUAGUUGGCUAUGGCUGGACUGGGACACACCUUGCUCUGGAGGUCGGAGGUCACACUGGGUCAGGACCUGGACUGUGUGGGACUACUUCCGGGACUAUUUCCCAAUAACCCUUGUUAAAACAGUAGAUCUAGAUCCGAAGCAAAACUACAUUUUUGGAUUUCACCCACAUGGAGUCUUGGUUGCUGGUGCCUUUGCAAACUUCUGUACGGAGUCGACGGGUUUCUCUCGUCUUUUUCCAGGACUGAAGUCUCACCUGCUCAUGCUGCCAUUCUGGUUCAGAGUACCAGUGUUCAGGGAUUACAUCAUGUGUGGAGGGCUUGUUUCUAGCUCUAAGCAAAGUCUGUCCUACCUGGUCAGUCAUCCUGAUGGAGGCAAUGUUGCUGUCAUUGCAGUAGGAGGAGCACCUGAAUCUCUGGAUGCCCGGCCAGGGGCUUUAAAGCUACAGGUUCGAAACAGAAAGGGUUUUAUUAAACUGGCUCUCAAGCAUGGAGCUCAGCUAGUUCCUGUGUUUUCUUUUGGCGAAAACGAGUUGUUCGAUCAAAUGGAUAAUCCCACAGGAUCCCCUCUGAGGACGCUGCAGAACCGGCUGCAGAGCGUCAUGGGAGUAGCAAUGCCGCUGUUUCAUGCCAGAGGAGUUUUCCAAUACAGCUUUGGCCUGAUGCCUUACAGAACAUCUAUACACACCGUUGUUGGGAAACCAAUUCCUGUGUCCCAGAUCUGCAGUCCUAGCAAUGAGGACAUUGACAGACUUCACGCCGUUUACUUACAGAGCCUAAGUGAUCUGUUUGAGCAGCACAAACACGACUACGGCAUAACAGUUGACAAACACCUCACUUUUAUUUGACCCGUGUGUCUGGUCUUCAAAUGGCCUGUUUAGGAACACCUGAUGGCCAGGUCACCACUCAGUAGGUGGGUUGAAAACUUUUGUACUGAAUAGCACCAUACCAAAACUGUAACUACUUCUUAUGGGUUCAGAAAAGACUAAAUUGCUACUGUCUGAAAAUUACUAGCUGUGGGUAGGUUAUGCAAACUCUGAAAACUGUGCCCAUCACCAAUAGGAGAUAAUGUUAGCACCUAAAAAAUGCUAGUUGAUAAUAAUUGCUGCUAAAUGCUAACCUUAUUCGUAUUGCUUACCGAUAAUUGCCUAAAUUCUGUCUUUUGUGAAUGUUGGGAUACUAAAAUAAUAUGUCAGCUUGAAGUGACUGACAAUCGACCGUGCCUUUACUACCCACACAGUAGUCAGCAUUGUUACUAGCAAGCCAUAACGUACUAGCAAUGCUCAUUAAAGCUAACAAGCUAGAAAGCGUAA